AUGGUAGUACUCUUGGUACAAAGGCUUGGCCGUUCACUCAAAUUCCCCUCCAGGCUGGAAAAUCACAACCCAAAUUCGGGAGCCUUAUCGGCUUCUAUAAACGUUUUUCGGUCCAAAAUAUCGAAUAUUACUAGCCAAAUCUUGUUGAAGCCUGUAGAAGGAUCAGAGUUUCUGUCCUUGGCAUGGGUUCAAAAAUGUUUUGGUGUGUUGGAUAUGGUUAACAAAGAUUUUGCUAGGCUGGUGGUGGAAAUAGACUACCCCAUGACAGCAUGGGGUGGCGCUGCCACUGAAGAGUUUUUCAAAUACAGUUUACAGGUCUUGGAUAAUUUGAAUUCUGUUAGCUCUUCCAUUUCCCAUUUGAAUCAGGCUAAGAUUUCCCUUUUCUAUGCUUUGAGCCUGGUUGAAAAGUCCCCUUCUUCUGCAAAGAAAAAUCUGCAGCAAAUCCAACCAAAAUGCAGUAGUAGUAUCAAACUUGGAGAGGAUUUUAAAGUGGAAGAAUUAUUAUCUGGGAUUGAAGAAAAAUCUUGUUUUGAAAAGGAAUUUGUAAUUCUUCAAGCUUUGUCAGCAAUGAAAAACAUUGAAUUUUGGGUGCUAGAUGCAAUAUUAUCGGGCGUUGGAACAAAAAAAUCCAAUGGUUCUAACACAGACUGCCUGAAUUCAAGAUUUUGCGAAGAGAUUAAUGAAAAACCAGGUGCAAUUGAAGAGGUAAGAGAGGUCAAUGAUGCAGCCAUGCACCUUGCCGCGGAAUUAUCUACUGCAAGAUGCAAUGAGGCCGCUAAGGAACUGAAGAGAAGAUUGGUCGUGCUAGAGAAUUCACUGCAGGAAAUCGAGAAGCAAACAAAAUCUCUGUUUUCUCAAAUUUUAGAUACCAGAAAUCAGUUGCUUGAAAACUUUCGACUCAAAGGAAACAAGCCGUAG